AUGUCUUAUUCACUGGGUUACUCUAUAUUUGCCGAAUACGACUUUUACAAAAUAAAGCCUUUAAAAAUUAAUAAAAAAGGCUCUAUUGAAAAUAAUAAGGAUGAUGUAAAUACACCAGAAUUUAAAAUUAAACACCUAGUCAUAGUUUUAACUAAAUUAAAAUUGCCAGUACAAACCACUUUGGAUAUACCCAAACGUAGGAGGGAAGAAAAUGAUCUUGAUACACUCAUUUAUAUACCCAAAGACCAUAUAAAAUCACUACCUAAUUUAGAUAUAUCAAGUAUUACAUUUAAUAAAAAUGAUGAUAGUCAACAAAAUGAACACACCAAAUCACUAAUUAAUAUAGAAAAUCAAAAUUUUAAUGAUGAACUUGAUACCAUAAGCAACAAUUUACCACCCACAUCAGAAAAUCAAAAUUUUAAUGAUGAACUUGAUACCAUAAGCAACAAUUUACCACUCACCUCAGAAAUACCUAGAUACUCUAUAAAAAAUUAUGAUAAAAAUAAGCUAAAUACACUUGAUCACUUCAAAUCUCUACCUAGUAAAAGUAUAUCAAGUAUCAUAUUGAAGAAGAAUGAUAGUAGUCAACAAAAUAUUAUAGGCUGUAUCAAUUUAGAAUUUAAAGGAAUAUCUCAAUUAAUAUUCACACCAAGGGGUAAAAAAAAUAGUGAUAACAAACAAAAAAAUACACUAAGUCACAACAAAUCACUAUCUAAUAAAUAUAUAUCUAAAAAAUCUAGGGAGAAUUUAAAUGGAAAUGAAGUUCCACUCAUGUCAGCAACCCACAUACUCCAGAAACCUAAGGGUUAAUAGACAACCAAUUAUACUAGAUCAUUUAGAACCAUCACCUACUACAAUGCUCAUGUCAAUCAAGAAACAUUAUUCUGGAGCUGAUGAUGCUGAGGCGAUUUUUUUGAAUUUCCAGUCAAAUUUUUUAGGUCGUAAAGGAUAUUUGCCCCGUUGGCGCCUUUUUUAAACUCCAUUUUAAAAAAUAAAUACAG